CGGAGCCGGACAGCUGCCAGAUGAGAGGAAGCUUCCUCUCAUCUGGCCGCCGUACUUGCCAAGAAUUUCUGGUUGAGAGACAGCUCGGCAACUCAUUUUCUUUUCAUCAAACAAUAUACUUACUCGGAUCAAGGACCAUGCUACAGAUCUUGGGCUCCGUAGCACUUAACGACCUAAGUUUAUACAGGAAAGCAGUGAAAUGAAUCUCUAAGGCAACAUUCCCCUCUUUUGUCUCUCCUUAGGACUCACCAUGAAGCUCCUCGCUGUCGCCGCUCUUUUGGCUUGCAUCGCCUCUACUUCUGCCAUCACAAUUACCUUCAAUAAUAAAUGUUCUUACACUGUCUGGCCUGCGAUUGGGAAAGCUCCCAACGGUCAGCCGGACCCAUCCGUCUCCUUUGGAACAACUCUCGAUCCUGGUGGCGAAGCCAGCUUUUCAAUUUCGGAUUAUGAAAUCGGUAUUCGCGCCUGGGGCCGUACUGGGUGCGACCACGAUGGUGCGAAUUGCGAGACCGGUAGCUGCGAAGGAGGUCUCGUAUGCACGGAUGCUGGUAUCACCUCAGACGUACUCCUCUCCGAGUAUGGGUAUGGAGACUUUGGCCGGUGGGGUGGUAAGAGGACCUCGUGGGAUCUCGCUCGCAGUAACAAUGUCAACAUUCCUACCCGACUUGACUCCUCCGAUGGCCAAUCUGUCACAUGCCUCGACAUGAGUUGCCCUGAUAAUCAGGCCUACUCAUACUCCACUGAUUACGCCGCUGACCGCAACUCACCGCUUGGCCAGACAUACACCCAUGUCUUCUGCCCCUGAAUUGAUAAGGCCCUAGAGAAAUUGUAAUAUAUAUAUAUACCGCAUAUCAUACACUAUACAUAUAUGGUCUUUUUCAGCUAGCAUGUUUGACACCUUGUUCACAUCGCUGAGUGGAAUUUCGUACUUGUAGGUUGAACAAGUCAAACUCAGAGCGCAUGAAAAUAU